AUGGGGCGCGUCAUCAGAGCUCAACGUAAGGGUCGCGGAAGCGUUUUCCGUGCCCAUACGCACAAGCGUAAGGGAGAGGCGAAGCUGCGUCCUUUGGACUACGCAGAACGUCGCGGUUACAUCAAGGGUCUCGUGAAGGACAUCAUCCACGACCCCGGUCGCGGUGCGCCUCUCGCAGAAGUCUCCUUCCGUGAUGCUUACCGCUACAAGCUGAACAAGCAGCGCAUGGUUGCCGUCGAAGGAAUGUACACCGGGCAGUUCAUCUACUGCGGCAAGAACGCGGCCUUGACCAUUGGAAACGUCCUGCCGCUGAACAAAAUGCCGGAAGGUACCGUCGUCUCGAACGUUGAGGAGAAGGCUGGAGAUCGCGGAACGCUUGCGCGCACGAGCGGCACCUAUGCGACGGUUGUCGGCCACAGCGACGACGGCGCUAAGACCCGCAUUCGUCUUCCCUCUGGCGCCAGAAAAACCGUCAGUGGCUACUCGCGUGCCAUGGUCGGCAUCGUUGCAGGUGGUGGGCGUAUUGACAAGCCGAUGUUGAAGGCCGGGAAUGCGUACCACAAGUACAAGGUGAAGAGAAACUGCUGGCCGAAGGUGCGUGGUGUGGCUAUGAACCCGGUCGAGCAUCCUCACGGUGGUGGUAACCAUCAGCACAUUGGUCACCCGUCUACGGUGUCUCGCAUGGCGGCUCCUGGACAGAAAGUCGGUCUUAUUGCUGCGCGUAGAACGGGUCUGCUCCGUGGUGGUCGCAAGACGAAGUUGGCUGGAAAGUCUCAGGAGUAA